UCCAUUAGCUGCAGGAGUCCCAACACCUCGCUGAAAUGCGUUUGAUUUACUCACCUUGAGGACGCACGCACAACUUGUCUGCCAGGUUUAACGCGGCGGCUCUUUCUUUUAUUGAAGACAUGUCUCCCAAAUUAUGGAAAAGCAGUGGGAAACGCACUUCCCACGUUGAUAACAGCAGGCAGCAGAGGACGACUAGGACCUUGGCCUGCCUUUAACAACUCCAUGGAUCUCAGUGCUGACUCUGGGACACUCCCCACCCACACCACUGUAAGAGGACCAAUGUUGGAGCAGGAGCUGUCCCUGUCUAAUGCCCGCUGUCAAACAGAAAGUGGAGGCACCAUCUCAUUACAUUUGUUGGAGUUUAAAACCCAUCUUCUUGAAGCUGUGGAGGAGUUGCAUAUUCGAAGGGAUGCAGAGACGCGCUUCGAGGCUCAGAUCAGUAAACUGGUGCUGGAGAAACAGGAGCUGGAGUGGGAGAAGGAAUCUCUACAACGUCAAAUUGAAACAGUGGCCAACCAGCACACAGAGUCUCUCCUCAAUGUGAAGAAAAAGCUUCUGGCAAAAAUCCGAAAGACAGAGGAGGAGAAGGGGAAAUACCAGGUCAGUGCUGAGAUAAAAGACAAGGAGAUUAACAACCUGAAGGAAGAGCUGAAGACGCUACAGUUACUGAAGUACAACUUGGAGAAGAAAUCAAGUGAACUAGAGCAGAAACUAGCCCUGCAGACCCGGUCAAAGGAUAGCCACCUGAGCCAGCUGGGGGAAGUGGAGAAGCGUUUCAAUGCUCUGUGCAGGCAGUGUGCCAUGGUCAAGCAGGACCACGAGAAACUGGAGCAAAAUGUUGAUGAGGCAAUGAAAAUAAAUAAAAAAAUGACAACUGCAAGUGAAAAUCAAGAGGCAACCAUUGUUUCACUAAAACAGGAGGUGGAGGAGGUCAGUAACAAGCUAAUCAAGGCCAAGAUGUCAUCAGUGAGACAUGACCAGGCCCAAAGUCCUACAGGCAGAGAGCAGCAUUUCCAGCAGCUGCACCAGAAACUGAACAUGGAAACUGAAAUGAACAAGAAACUGAGGGAGGAAAAUGAAGCUGUGAGAGCAGAAAAGCAGGAAGUGAUGAGGGCUCUGAAUCACACCCAGCAGCUGCUGCUGAGUCAGACACAGACAGUCAGCAGAGUCGAUCUGGAGAUGAAGACACAGAGAGAGCAGCACCAGGCCCUAAAGCAGGAACACAGGGUGAUGCGGGAGCAGAGCAAGGCCCUGGAAGACAAGGUGGCCCGACUGAUGGAGAGCUACACGGCUUCACAGAACAGCUGGGACAAAGAGAAGGCGUUGUUUCUGGAUCGCAUCAGGAGUGAGCAGCAGGAACUCCACACAGUGAAAGAGGCCAACGACGAGCUUCAUCAGAGAAACACUGAGCUGACCUCCCACGCUACAGUGCAGGCUCAGCAUUUAGAUGAAUUGGAGAUGAGAGGCAUCAGUCAGAGCCACAGUGAUUCUACAGAGGUCUUCUCCACUUUAGUGAAGGGAAUCAGAGGAGAGGAAACUCUUAAUGAACCCAUCUCCAGCACAGAGCCUAGCUCUGGCAGUGUGCAUAAUUUGGCCUCCGCUCAGACCAGAAACCCAGACUGUCUGGAGGACAGUGGAGCAGUGACAGAGAUAGUCACCACCGGAGCAACUGGAGUAGAUGCUGUAUCAAGCCCUGGACACAGUUCUUUCGAUGUUCCUGUGGACUCACAGAUCAAAGAAAAGAGUGAUGAGAGGAACGGAGGAAUAACUGAAAAAGAACAGGGAUGGAAAGAUGAUGUGAAACAAGUAAAAAAAGACAGAGAAGAGGAGGAGAGAAACAAGGAAGAGCAGUGGAAUAGAGAAGUCCAAGGAGAAAAGAGAGGAACGCUCAUCGCCCAAACAACAGAUAGAGCCGACGGAAGGAAGAUAGCCAGUUCUCAACAGAAGAUGCAGGGGACCCCAAACAGCCUGAAACAGAAACAAAAGAUAUAGC